GUCCACAAACUUCUCCAGAAUGGCAGAGCUCAUGACUGAAAAGCAUGUUAAGUACAUCUUAUCAGUUGAAAAGAAAAAGGAUGAUUUCGAGUCUGUGGUGAUGGAGCACCUAAGGGUAAAUGGUGCUUAUUGGGGAUUGACAACACUUGAUAUUUUAGGAAAGCUUGAUGCAGUGGAUCAAGAUGAGGUCGUGUCAUGGAUCAUGCAGUGCCAACAUGAAUCUGGUGGUUUUGGUGGUAAUAUAGGGCAUGAUCCUCACAUAUUGUACACACUGAGUGCCAUUCAGGUUUUGGCGCUGUUUGACAAGAUAGAUGUUCUUGACGUUGAGAACGUUGCAAAUUAUAUUGCAAGCCUACAAAAUGAAGAUGGAUCAUUUUCUGGUGACAUGUGGGGUGAAAUAGAUACACGGUUUUCGUAUAUUGCAAUAUGCUCUCUUGCAUUAUUACACCGCUUGGAUAAAAUAAAUGUGGAAAGAGCUGUAAAGUACAUUGUCAGUUGCAAGAAUUUGGAUGGUGGAUUUGGAUGCACACCUGGAGCAGAAUCUCACGCUGGGCAAAUUUUCUGUUGUGUCGGAGCUCUUGCUAUUACUGGUUCUCUGCAUCAUGUUGAUAAGGACCUCCUUGGAUGGUGGCUAUGUGAACGACAAGUAAAAUCUGGAGGUCUGAAUGGGCGUCCCGAGAAGCUUCCUGAUGUCUGCUACUCAUGGUGGGUUCUUUCUAGCUUAAUCAUGAUUGAUAGAGUUCACUGGAUUGACAAAGGAAAGCUUGUUAACUUCAUAUUGGAUUGUCAGGAUAAAGAGAAUGGAGGAAUUUCAGAUAGGCCAGAUGACGCUGUUGAUGUCUUCCACACCUAUUUUGGUGUCGCUGGUCUUUCACUUCUCGAAUUUCCAGGAUUGAAGGCUAUAGAUCCAGCUUAUGCAUUGCCAGUCGAUGUGUUUGCCGCAGCCUCCAAUCAUGAUGGCAUGAAUUAAAAUCAUGGCAAGUGUGCCCUAUCUGGUUGCAUCCUAAUGUUACAUUGGUUCAAGAGAUUUAAUUUGAUUCUUGAUAAUAUCCUAGUCUAUGCUAGGGGUAUAAGAAGGUGGAAUUGAACCAGAUCCUUACUUUGUCAAAUGGACAUGGUAAGUUUUGUGGGACAUAAGUCUAACUACAAUGGAAGGGAGAAAGCAAGACAUCGAACCUUGGGAAACACAGAGUUUUGAGCAGUUUGUGAAGUAUAAGUUGGUACUAGGCUUGUCAAUUUGGCUUGGUGGUGUGUAUUUAGGCAGUGGUGGAAACUGUAUGAUGAACAAUUACUGACGACAUAUUAUAUGUGGUGCAAUCUGUAUUGUAACAAGUAUGAUAUACUCUGUACGAGUAAUGUCUGGAUGUUGAUACAGGGGAUGCUAAUUUCUGAUCA